AUGCGAACAAAUGCUUUGCUCUACUCAUUCUCCACUGUCUCUGGUGACCUUCAUCUCCUCCAUCUCCGGCGUCUCUCACUCUCCUCCAUCUCUGGCGAUUUCCUCCAUCUCUGGUUUUUGUCUCUCGCGAGCGCUGCGAUUAUAGUGGUGGCUAGGGUGGAGAUCGCGAUCGCCGCUAAGCGUCCCUCUCUCUCUCUCUCUCUCUCCAACUCUGUCUCUCUCCCUCUCCCUCUCUGCUGCUCCUCUCCCCUCCGUCUCUCACCGCCGCUUCACCAGCCACGGAACAGUUCUCCUCCGCCGCUCCUCCUCACUUUCGCCGGCAAUCGGAGCACCGAUUCAACUUCUUGUUGGUCACCGUCGCCUGAGAUCCAUCACCCACGGAAGCUCGAUUGGCGGCUCCUCCCUCAUUCACAUCUUUGGUUUCAGCUCUCUUCUUUAUCAAGGACUCCUAGACUACAGCUCAAAUCAUUUUCCAUUUCACUUUUUGGUGCAGCUAUGGGGCAGGAAUUGAGUCUUUCUCAAAACUGGGAGAUUCAAUAUACUUUGAAGAAGUGGGCAAAGUUGCAGGGCUUUGCAUCAUCCAGUACAUAUCGAGCUCACUUAAUUGGAAAUCUGGACAGAUUUUGCUAAAUCAGAAAGUAGAGCCUGUUGUUGCAUCGAAUCCUUUCCUUCAAGUUGCGUUGACGGUUUCAUCAGAGGGAAAUUUUAGCUACUGUAUAUAUACAUGUAUAUAUUAAGCCAUUAGUUGCAGGAAACUUUUACUGAGGUGAUGUUCAGCUUUAGAACCCCAAUUAUGUGGUUCAGAGUCAGAAUCUUGUUUGAACCUCAUUCCCGUUGAGAUAGAAUUCGAUUUCAACUGGAUGGGACCACUCAAACAUAUGAAUUUGGUUCUCUUCUUAGGAAUUAAAUGGUUGAGUUUUUUUUAUGGAUAUUUCAGUUUGGACUUGUGAGGAUUGAAGAGUAAAGAUACAUGUUAUUGGUGAUGAAUUGUUACUUUUGUAAUAAGAAUUUACUAUAUUUACGAGUUUAAGUGAAUUUACGAUAUUUAUGAGUUUAAGUGCUAGUACAAUGUAGACAUUUAAGGUAUUGCAGUGCUCUCAUAAUAUUUACUGCAACAGCUUCUGGUAAUUGGAAAUGAAUGAUUUGGAAAUUAUUGCUACUCAAACCUUUUGCUUCUGCUCUCAUAAUUUUUGCUACUCAAACCUUUUCAACGAAUGAUUUGGAAAUGUUUUAAGUUAGAAGAAGUUUGAAAAUGAUUUGGAAAUUAUUUAAGUUAGAAGAAUUUUGAAAAUGUUGCUGCUUAUGUCAAGGAUAAUUUUUUUUUUUGGGUGCAAGUUGCUGACCUUGAUAUCAUUUGAUUAGUAAUGUUGGGGGUUUUGAACAAGAUCUGGUUGAGACCUUUUUUUUUUUUUUUGGGUUUGCAGCUCAGGUGUUCAAUGAAAUGUCUAAGUUCACUCCACACCAAAUUUUGGGUUUUGUUUUAUUGUUUGGUUUUUUUUUUUGAAGAUUGAAAAUGGAUUUUGGUUCUUAAUUAGGUUUUGUGGUGUUUUUUUGUAUUCACAGGCACAAUAUAUACUUGUUUGUGUUCUUUUAAAGAACAGCUUCAGCAACAUGUCAGAGUCCAUGCUGUUGAACAUGUCUGGAUUUUCGAUGAACACUCUCGAAAUUUUUUUCGAUCAAAUCCAGGAAAGAAUUCUCAUCUAUAUAUAAAUACAUUGUAUAUGCCCUAAUACUACCUUUGUUCUUCAUGUUUUAUAUCUGAAUGUGAUCAGAUUGAAGUCGAAUGUGCCUUUUGUGAUUUAUUUUCUUGAAUUUUUUUUAUAAAUAUUAUAUAUGAAUUACUGUGCUUCGUUUGUGGAGUUAAAAAAAAAAUGAUCAGCUUUAUAUUUGUUUUCUUAAUGUUUGUGUUUUGUGGAUACUCUCUCAAUCAAUUUCUUCUUUUUUGUC